AUGGAGAAGGCGGCAGAAGACGAUGAAGGGAAAAACGGACAUUCCGCCAACUUCCUUGGGGUGCGCGCGUGCUUGCAGAGCCGUAUGCUGUCUAUGAUCCGCAGACGUAACAUGAGCGGUGGUUGGACAGCGCCGAAUGCACGCGACAAGAGCCAAUUGCCGAUCUCGCCGGCUUUUGACGUCGCUACACAAGCCGCGCACAUGCAUGUGUUGACCCCGUACAAACAGAGUCUUACUGGUCCAGUACAAACGGUCCAGCUGGAGAAAUCAGCAUCAAGGCGAUUGGUUACAAUAGAGGAUAUUCCCAUGAUCUGCACCGGAGAUCUUCAGACGAGUCUAUUGUUGCAUGGAGCAGCUCCGCCCAUGGCACCUCACCUGAUGCAUCACCAACGGAACGCGGGGAAGCGAGCAAAAACAAGACGGAUCAGCCCUGCCAGUCGUCCAUCGAGACUGCGUGAAGAGAAAGUUCCCGAGUGGCAGAUGGUCAAUUCCCAUUGGCUUCGAGAAAAUGAUGCCAAGUCAAUAAACCACGAUAAUAUCACCGGUGAGAAGCACCCGGCACACUGCUCGAAAACCCCGGGCAAGGACGGGUUUGGCGUUGGGGGCUGUCAGCAAUCUAGAUGAGGCUUCCAUCCCAGCCGUUUGCUAGUUGGCUAGGAAGGGGCCGAGAGAGAUAAGCAUAAAAAAAGG